GGGGCGCGGGGGGAAGGAGCGCGGGCCUCUGAGGGGAGCGGCACCGGCACCGGCACCGGGACCGCAACCGGGACCCCCCGCCCGGGACACACAGCCCGCCCGGCCCCCGCCCAGCGGGGAGGAAGCCGAGCGUUGAGCGGCCGCGGGCCCCGCCGCGGGGAGCGGAGAGAGAGAGAGAGAGAGAGAGAGAGAGCGAGAGCGCGCGGGGCGGCGGCGGCGGGAGCGGGAGAGGGAGCGGGAGGCUCGCUCCUCCAUCAUGUCGGCGGGCGGGGACUUCGGGAACCCGCUGCGGAAAUUCAAGCUGGUGUUCCUGGGAGAGCAGAGCGUGGGGAAGACUUCCUUGAUCACCAGGUUCAUGUAUGACAGCUUUGACAACACCUACCAGGCAACAAUUGGCAUUGACUUCUUAUCGAAAACCAUGUAUUUGGAGGAUCGAACAAUCAGGUUGCAGCUGUGGGAUACUGCGGGUCAGGAACGUUUCCGUAGCCUCAUUCCCAGUUACAUCCGUGACUCUGCUGCUGCUGUAGUAGUUUACGAUAUCACAAAUGUAAACUCGUUCCAGCAAACAACAAAAUGGAUUGAUGAUGUCAGAACGGAAAGGGGCAGUGAUGUCAUCAUUAUGCUGGUGGGAAAUAAAACAGAUCUAGCAGAUAAGAGACAAGUGUCCAUUGAGGAAGGAGAAAGAAAAGCCAAAGAGCUGAAUGUAAUGUUCAUUGAAACUAGUGCAAAAGCAGGAUACAAUGUAAAACAGCUUUUCCGACGCGUGGCAGCUGCCCUGCCUGGAAUGGAAAGCACACAAGACAAAAGUAGAGAAGACAUGAUUGACAUAAAACUGGAAAAGCCUCAAGAGCAGCCUGUCAGUGAAGGAGGCUGUUCCUGCUAAUACCAUGUGGCUUCUACCUUUCUCCAGAACAUCACUGCUUCCCCUCCCUUUACUCUUCAUUGACUGCAGUGUGAAUAUUGGCUUGAACCUUCCCCUUCCAGUAAUAACGUAUCGCAGUUCAUCAUCGCUGGCUGUCUCGUGGAGAUGAUCUAUUAGCUUCACAAGCACACACACACACACACACAAAGAAAAUGUCAGUGUCUUCAUUAUUUAUAAGAAAAAAAAAAAAGCCAAAAUAUUCCAGCAUAUUCUAGUUAUAACUUAAAAAAAAAAAAAAGAAAAAAAAAUAGGUACAAUUUCUUAAUAUUCGUUCCUUUUUUUAAUAUGUUAUGAUGUUGCACUUUGAAAUGAUGGGAACUGAGUAAGUUUUGGAUGGGACUUAGAGGAGAUGUAUGUGCAGAAGAAUGCUUGCAAAUCUCACCCAUUUGAUUUCUCUAACCAACUGGAAGUGACCAGGCAGCAGUCAGAAAUGCAAGCAGAGGUGGCCUGUGCUGAGGGGUAAAUUCUUAUCCUUAGCCAUCAUAUUAAUAAUAAAAAAAAACCCAAACAAAUUAAAACCAAGCUCUUAAUCUUUUGAGCAGAGAUAGUCUGACUGGUUUUCAAACUCCAGGCGGGGCUUUCAACACCAUGAAAGGCUCCUGGAUUUUUUUUUUUUGAUAGUCCUUGCAGAGGCACCGUGGACAUGUUUCAGAGGAGGAAUAUGGAGACACACACAAAGUGUCCUUCUGAACAGGCUGAAUGGCUUCUGGAGGAUGUUUCUGGGGGAAGGAAAGGGUUGGAUGUGCAUUAGCAAAACACUUGCAGGGAACAGGGAAAGAAUGUUUCGAGUGCAAGAUGAGUUUUAAGAGCAUUUCUUUAUUAUUAUUUUUUUUUUUCCCCUUUUAUGUAGAACACCAAUGAAGUAAAUGAUUCCCGCAUUUGAGCUGUUUGGAGGAGAAAGCAUUUUGCUUCCUUAUUGUUUUGUUUGUUUGUUUUUAAGGGGAAAUAUUAAGUGGAUUCAGGACUGGCACUAACAGCUGCCAAGGUGGAUUGAAACCUUGCAAAUUUGUCAGGAAGGGGAGGGAGCAGCUGGAUAUCCCAGGGUGAGCUCACAGGAAGAGAGGGAAUCGUACCUGCUUUUCCCUAGCGUGGCCGUAGGUCGACUGGGGAAGGGGUAUUUGCUUUGAUCAUACAGAAAUCUAGUUGAGAGAUCUUAGAGGGAAAGGAAGGGAGUUUAAUAGGAUGGAAACCAACUGAUGAUUAUGCAGAUUUAUGCCUUUAUUUUUUAGCAAUUUUUUAAUUUUAUGUUCAGUCUUCCAAGUUGGUUUAGUUUGGUUCACUAGAGCUGUAUAGCUUGGUUAAACAACAAGUAAUUUAGUUUUCUAUUUAACUAGGCUUACAAUUAACCUUGGUUUUUUUUUUUUUUUGGUCUUUGAUAUUUAUUUCUUGGCUUAAUUUUUUUAUUAUUAUUGUUUUCAGUCAUUUUGGGGGUUUGUUUUUGCUGAGGAAUCUGUGUAGAGCUUUGCUGAUGUUGCCAGAUGUAGCUACCCAAGAAACACGGAAUCGAACACACUAGAAGUGCACCCUUUUAAUCUUUACUAGUCAUUGUGAAGUUGCUGUGUAAGUUAAUAAACCACAAUUGUAAAUACAUUGUUUGCUGGGCGAAAAUGGCUGAGUUACAGUGCAGGAAGGAAUUCUUGAGUCUGUGUUGCAAUUGCUACUUAAACGAACAAUUGCAAGCAAAUAUUCAGGCUCCUCCUUUGUUCUCUUUCUGCCCCUUCUGCCAUCUAAAAUUAACCAACUGGGGAAGAGAAAGGGAAUCGUUCCUUACCACCACUUUCACCAGGAAAAAUGGGCAUCAAAGAGUUGGAAUUCUUCAUUCCUGGAAUGAAUGCUAGACUCGUGCCCAGCCCUGGGUUUAUAGCAGCUCUGCACAACGAUAGCUGAAAAGGCAGAACGAGAUGUAAAGUGCUUUUAUAAUGCAAUAUUAAAGGCAAGUUUUUUUGACGUGGCAUGUCUUGAAAUAAACAUCAAUGAUAUGUGACAAA